AUGACUGAAUGGAAAACGUAUAUUCAAGUGAAUAUUUACGGGCGAACACUUCAAGACUUGUACAACAAGGGAAUUCAUCUAGAAUCUGUUUUAAAUGGAAUGGGGUGUCAAAAUCACUCGGUCGCCGAAAUGCCGAUGUGGAUUGAAGAAGAGCAAAUGCUCACUGAUGAGCCUGUGAUAAGUGAUUGGAACGACCAAGGAAUAGAAAUCGAUGCAGAAGAAGUGGCCAGGAAUUUCGCUCAAAUGAUUGUGGAUCCGAUCCCACGCUGCUCAACUCCGAUUCCGAUGGAAGAUGGGGAUUUCGGAUCAGAAGGAUCCCUGAAUUUGACUGGUGUCGUUUCCCAUAUCAAUUCUGAUGAUGAUAAUGAAGGGGAGAAUAUGCUCGAUGUCUCUGGGCUCCCACCGAAUUUCUCGUCGGAUGAGGAAACACCAAAGCAAGAAUCAUUCCUAAUUAUUCGAUCGACAACACCAGAUCCAAACGAUUCGUUGUUUCAAAGCGGACCUCUUGUGAUAAGACCAAAAGUGUCUGAUAAUAAUAACAAUGAUAAUUGGUCUGAAAAAUCGUCAGAUGAAUCUUCAGAUUCCAUGAAAACCAAUGGAAAAACUGAAAUCAAGGAAGAAGAAUCUGAUUACGACGAUGAUGACUGUGAAGUUGAAGUUGAACUUAAGCCAAAUACUUCUCAAAAUUUCUUCCACUACGAAGAUGGCAACUACACACCACACUACACUAAAAGAUGUAAGAGUCGUAUGCAUCACGUGAAGGAGGAUACAUCAUUUGAAUCUCCAUUUGAAGACUCGUGGAAGCAAGACCCACCGUCUUUCAGUCGGAUUCCAUCGAAAUCAAUUAUGAAGAAUCAUGGUGAUGAUCAAAGAGGGGGUUUUCAAAAGAAGAAAGUGUCAUUCAAAGUCAACGACCAGGUUUACAAGAUUAAUUGCAAUUUUGAGGGUUGCGAAAAAGUUUUCCUUUGGAGAACAAAACAAGGGAAGCUUCGUCUGAUUAAUCAUGCCCUGUCCCAUCAAACUGAAAGAUGCAUCGGCUGUCGAAACUGUGAUUUCAAAGGUCGAUCGGUGUCACAAAUGCGUUAUCACUAUAAGAAGAAGCAUGCGACUUCGAAAAUUGAUGGAAUGUCGAAAAUAUCAUUCAAGUACAUUGACAUUGAAAGCAUAUGGGAGAAGUGCUACGGAAAAGACCAUGAAAUCGUGGGAAAGGUCUUCAACGGCUCCUCACGCCGGUACUAUCAAGACGAUGAUCAGAUGGACGAUGAUGAAGAAGAGGAGGAGGAAGACGAGGAGCAAAAUGUUCCGAAAAUUUAUGCGGAUUCCGAGCCUAGCACAUCUACAGCUCACUGA